AUGGAAGCUGGAAGCAGGCGUCAGGAUGAACACACGAUUCCCUGCAAUUGCGCAGGGUCCUGCCGCCUCAAGGCCAGGCCAUUCUUGAUGGGCCCACCCCCGCCCGCCCCCCGUCCUCAAGUCGCAGCGGGCCUUGCAGCUCGCUUUCCACGGGGCAGUGUUCGUCCUGCCUGCCUCCCUUCCUUUUUUCUUUCUUUCCCUCUUUCAUCUGUCAUCUUUUCUUCAAAGCUGGGGAAGGAAUCCAGGGCCUCGCGCAAGGCAGGCUCUCCCAAAGCUGAGCUGCACUCUUGCUCUUUUUCUUUCUUCCCUUCCACUUGCCAGGGAACCCGGGUGUUUUCUCUGCACGGAGUGGCGGCCACCACACUUCUAAGAGCCCCCUGCGCAGACACUGCCUCCUCCCCUGGCCAGGGUGCUAAAUCCCGGGCCCAGAAAGUGCCCUUGCAGUGUGUGGGCUGUCGCUCACCUUGGCUCCUCAGCUGCCUCUCGCAGACCCCGGGAGGUCUGGCUCCCCGCUGGCCACAGGACCCGUCCUGCGCUCACUCGCUCCCCCAGCACCGCCUCCCCUCCCUAUCGGGCCCAGCCCAGCCUGAUCUGGAAUUCGCCCCAGUUGCUGUCUCUGGCAGCCAAAAGAGGAAGCAGGACAGCACACUGGCAGGCACCUGUGGCCUUCAGAGUGAGGCCUCGGCAGGCCGCUCAGCACAGGGGCCAGUCGUGGUGCGGAGACCAGAGUUCAGGGGACCUGUGACCCUGUCUCACACCCAGCCUGACCAGGCCGCUUGGAAGGCCAUUCGAGGCCGGGAGCGCAGCUCCUCAGCCUCCCGCUCGGGGCCUGAGCCAGGACACAGAGUUCCUCCUGCCGGGGACGCAGCUCUCACAGAAGGACAGAGCCCGGAACCCAGCUGGCCGGCCGCGCACCCUCCCACACUGGGGCCGCCACCCACAGCCAGGGCACCUGAGCGAUGGCGGCCCCCUCCGGAGCCAAGGGAGGAGGAGCCUUCCCCUGCUGUCACACAGCUCAGCUGUGCUGGGCCUUCCGGAACAUUCAGGCGUAGGGGAGAACAAACUGCGGCUGGCGCGGGGCCUAGGACAGGUGCCGCGUGGCCCAGCUGAGGGCCAGCGGCUGAGCCUCCUCUGUCAACCGCGGGGCUGCCUUGUUCCCCCACCGAGCUCCCUCCGCUGCUCCGAGCCUCCUCCGCAGUCCUCGGCCCCCUCCCGCCUGCGCACCGAACAACAGAUGCCUGGUCCCUGCAGACAGCCCCUGCCCGCAGCUCCACCUCCUCAUUCCCCGCGUCCCCCGAGGCUCGGCUGGCUCGGGGCGGCCCCAGCCAGAGGAAUGCGAGCCAUUCCCGGCAUCUCCUCCCCUGCGGCCAGCAGAGCGGGCUGGGGCCUCCGGGCCUUUCUAACAGGAAAUUAGCAGGGCCUGGCCUUCCCCACUACCAGCUGCUCUGCUGACCCUGACCCUUUGUUUUCUGAAACUCGAUACUGCACAUUUCAGAGCCUCUUCCCCGGCCCCGGGAGGCCUGGCCCAGCGCCUUCCCCUCGGCACCCCCCACCCGCGGGUGGAGGGACACUAAAGGCCAGUGCCAUGGUCCAAGAAGGGGCGGGGGCGGGGGCGGUUUGGAUCUGUGUGACAGGAAAGGCUUCGAGAACCAGAGGCAGAGCUGCACAGGGAUUAUGAUGGAGGGAUGGGAUGCAGCUCAGUGGCACAAGCGCUGCCUGGCAAACAAGAUCCUGAGUUCGAUUCCCAGUACCAGAAAAAAAAAAAAGAUGGAGAGACACCGGCAAGGGUUCGGCCAUGAGGCCGAAGGACAGAGGUGUCAAAGGGCUCCACGGUUUCUGAGGCACGAGGCUGGUGGGUGCUGGUGCCUCACAGUGAGGGUUGCCCAAGGACCGAGGCAGAGCACGGAGACCAGAAGUGUGCAGAGGACACACAGGCUGGUGAGCCAGAGAGGGAGGAGCCAGAUACACACACACACACACACACACACACACACACCCGCUGCUAAGCAGAAGAGCGAGAGGUCACUAAUGCUGAGGACAGGGACAGAACGCCCAGCGGGCGUCCUCUAUCCCCUCCCCAGCGGAGGGGCUGGCCCUGCCACGCUGGUGUGUGACGGCCACGGAAGGGAGGGUCACCUGGCACGGGGGCGGGAGGGGGCGGACAGAAGGCCGCAGUGCCAGGGAGGGGUGAGGCGAGUGCUUACAAAGGGAAACAGUGCUCGGUGCUGCAAGGGACCAGGAAGAGGAGGCGGGCCGCGCCUGUGACUGAGCUUGCUCACUGAGCAGACGAGAGGGAAGCCAGGUCGCAGCCGCCGGGCGUGCGAGGCGGGAAAGAGCCCCCAGGCUGCUCCGCGGGAGGAAUCUCAGUGCGGGGCUGGUGACCAGGACCCUGCCGGGGUGAGAGCUCUGCAAUACCUGGGACAGGGAUGGCAACAGGAACACGUUUCUGAGAAAGCACAAGGACCUGCCUGCGCCCCUUGGCAGGGCAGGGGCUGAGCUGGGGGAACACGCAACCCACUGGCACCCCAGGAACCUCAGAGGCCCUGGGACACCUCCGUCCCUCAGCCUCCACAGCCAGACCCCACCAGGUUCUCUCCUUAAUCCCGACUUCUGUGACCUCAGCAGCCCUGAGCAUUCACUUAGAUGCAUGCGUGCAUUCGUCUGAAACGCCGCCGCCGGCUAACCAGGUGCUUCUUGGGCCAGUUCAGCCCCAGCUGAGUCGAUUCAGGCGCUGUGACAGAAAACCUCCACUUCCAAGCAACACAAAUCCGUUCCUCACAACUGUCUCUGGAGGCCACAAGGCUGUGGUCAAGAGGCCAGCAGGCUCGGUGCUGGGAGCCGCUCUCCGGUCCGCCCCAUGAACACUCGGCCUCCUGCACGCAGAUCACCCGCACAUCCCGGCACCUCCUCACCGUCCACAGGAGAAGGGAACACAGGCUGAAUAUCCCUUACCCGAAGAGCUUGGGAACAAAAAUAUUUUAAGUUCCAAAUUUUUUCAGAUUUUGGAAUAUUUGCAUACAUCUAGUGAUACAUCCUGAGAUGGGACUCUUGCCUAAACAUAAAAUUUGUUUCUUACACACCUGAUAUACACAUCCUAAGCAGUUUUAAACAAUGCUUUUAGUGCGCCUGUGUUUUCACUGCAAUUCUUUCCGAGGUGAGGUGUGGAAUUUUCCUCUAGUGGUACCUCUAGUUAGUACUCUAAAAAUUUGGAUUUUGCAGCAUUUUGGAUUUCAGAUUUUUAGAUUAGGGAUGUUUUAACCUGUAUUUAAGCUCUAAUACCACAUUUUCCCUUUCUGAGAUAAAUGGGCACAAACAUUUCUUUCUGCAUAAAGCUUCAGGAUCACCUCAUGUGCAUUAAGUAAAAAGGGGUUCAACUUCCCUGGAUAGCCCUGAUUAGAAUGGGCUGGUCCUCAACGUAACUCUGUGUGCCUGCGCACGUGUGUGUGUGUGUGUGUGUGUGUGUGUGAUCUAAUACACAUUUUUGCUUCUUCAAUAGCUUGUAUGUAUGUUACAGAUCUAGAUCUAGAACAUCUAGAUCUACCAUGCACAUGCAUUCCUUUUUAACUUCAACAGCUUGACGUGAAACUGCCCCAAAGAGGCUGUCCGUAUCAGUUGGGACAGACUGAGCCAAUCAAGCACAUUCUUCUCCUCCUAAGACAGGAGAGAAGCGCCUGAUGUGCCCAAGAAGUACUUUCUGGUUUUCUUCUGCGAUUGCUCCAAAUGCCUUGCGGCUGGCCUGGCCAUAGCAGGCGUCCACGGCCACUCCAGGAAAUACGUGCUUUGGCUGCAGAGGGCUUUGAAUGCAGACCUAUCCCAGAAGACGCCACCCCCGCGGCCCUCUGCAGCUCUGCUCAUUCAGGUCCUCCGGGGCCCCGCCUUACCUAUAACCAAACAUGCACAAGCUGACAUUUUCCUUUUAUAAGCAACAUCUCUUAGCAGGUUCAGCCUGUUAAGUCCUGAUAAAGCCCCGAUAAAGCCUC